ACUGUCGCUGUUUUUGGGGCCCAUCACAAAUCCCCCUCCCAUUUUCUUCCCAUUCCAUCCAUCUCACAAACUUCAAUCAUUUCUCAUUCGAAAGUCACCAUUUACAGCAUUCUCCUUGGUCUUUUCUAUCUUUUUAUUUGUUGUCUUUCGUUUCUAUUUAUUUUCUUUGAAUUUUGCACCCUCAAUCGCCCGGUGAAACGAAAAGCAUUCUUCUAUUCAUUCCUGGAAAUUUCCCGCAGCUCCAGCAACCAACGCCGAACCAAUUCAAACUCAGGAAAGGAGAGGAAUCUUGUUUCGGCACAGAUAAUAGCAUAUACUUGUUGAGAAUUAUAAAAAAAACAGGCGUCAAUAAGAAUUCACGGUAAAAGUGUUUUCUGCCUAGGACGCGCGAGAGAAAGAGAAGAUCCGAUUCCACUUUCACCACAUAUCUGGCCGCCGGCGACCUCCCUACCUCCUUCUUCGAUUCAGAAACCAGAAACCCUUUCACCACCUCAAUAAACUUUGAGAAAAGGUCAACCGUUAAUUCGACUUGACUUUUCAUCCUUCAAACAAACACAACUCUCAUAAUAAUUGUUCAUUUGUCUAGCAACUACAUCAAGACUUCUACUUUUCAUUGAAGUCCUUUCCAAACUCUACUCACUUGAAAAUUAUAUUGAGUACGAUUCUUUUCUUGUAGAUGGCAUCAUAGCUGUUUGCUUCACAACAACCUCGAAAAUCAGCCAAGUCACAGCAUGGCAGCUCUUGUUCAGACGUUACCACAACAGACAACUACGGUCACUAUGCUUCAAACUCGACCAUCCUCUGCCUCUGGCACUCUACAACCUUCGCAAAAUCAAGCUGCAUAUCAUCAAUAUUCUAUCAACCCUCAACAACGAAACAACUUUCAUGGCUUGAACAACAACAAUAUGGCGAUAUCAAGUUACCGCGGUCAUAGUUCGAUGGCCCCGAUUGCACCAUAUGCAUUCACUACUUCACCCGGUCUGUCGAUAGGAGCUCAACAAACACCAAAUGGGUCUCAAUCAAGGCCAGAACAACAGAGAACAGCAUCAGCCCCCAUAGUCCCUACCUUGCAAGGGGGCUCGACGACUGCUCCAAAUCGCUCACGAUACCCUGCUGCUCUAUCUGUAUCAACCACAUCUUCAUCCUCAUCAUCAGAACUUUCUCAAAGGUCAGGAACAAGAGAUGAUUCGGCCAUCACCUCCACAGCUCGAAUUGCAACAAGAACUCCCCGCCCACAUUCCACCAUCAUCACGUCGCACAAUCAAACUUUAGCUCCUCCUAUGGCGUCCCCAGCAAAACCCGUCCCUGAUCGCUAUCGCCGCCCUGCAAUUCGCCGUGCCGAUUCAUCGAACAGUAGCCAGGCUGGUGUUUCGAGCUCUUCAGUCUCAACGAUGCCAAAUGUCAUGCAAUUUUAUGGUGCCAGUACACAAGCUGUCAACAGCCAAGCACUCAACUUGCAGAUGCCACAACAAAAUCAACCAAGUGCAACUGCUGAUGAUUUGCAGUUAAAUCAGCGUACUACCUCGGAACAGGCAAAGAGAUAUCGACGUCGAAGCAUACAUACAAUCGAUGCUCACGAUAACAUCAACGCUAGUCCCAGCCCUGGAAUUUUACAGCAGGGGUCAAGGCCAGUUAACAGCGCUAGUGGUCGUAUUGAUCAGCCGCCUGAGCAACACGGGCAACACCCCUUGCGAAGUUCACCAGUUGUUACGGUACGCCCAGCAACUUCUCACGGACGGAAUGAUAGUACCGAUAGCAUCAAGUCCACUCGUAGUGGUCACUCACGCCCGAACUCGUCGGACAAGCGAGAAGCAACAAGUGUAUCAAUGGCAACUGGAAGCCCCGCUCAUUCUUCGACUUCUUCCGUCGCAAAUUCGAACGCCUUCAAUGGUAAAGAUCAAGCAAUUUCCAAGAAUGAUCAGCCACGACUUGUGAACAUUCCAGUUCGUGCAUCCUCGACCGAUGCCGCGAAAAGACUUUCUAGCCCAUCUCCUUUAUCGAAGCCGGUGACGAUGGGUGCCGACUCGUCGGCGUCUAAGUCCAAGGACUCGUUUGCUUCAGCCGUCAAUGCAGCAUUACAACCAGCCCAAUCCAAAUCUACAAACGCACUGCCUGCAACGAGUUCAAAUGCUAUCAGCCCUGCUGCACAGCAAUUGGCUGCUUUAAACGAUAAGGAAGGAAAGAAGAGUAAGACAUCGAGAUUGAGGAGGGCAUUCUCUUUUGGCUCUGCUGCCGAGUUAAGAAAGGCAUCUGCCGAAAACCAUCUCGUGAGCAGGAGUGGCAAUGAUGCUUUGGAUCGUUCCAAGUUACGAAGGGAAAAAUAUCAACAUGAGCAAGAAGCAGAGCAAGAUAAGAUUGCUCAGCAACAAGAAGCUGCUGGUAUCGGAUCGAAUAUUUACUCCGGGCAAGGCAAUUUCUUCACUGGUUCGACCGAUAACUUAUCCAUUUCAUCGACUGCUUCUUCCGCCUCUGUAAUGAUUCGAAAGAUGGGUAAGGGAAUGAAGAAGUCAACAAGAUCUCUCGUCGGCCUCUUUAGACCAAAGUCUGUCAUUGGUGUACCUGCAGCUGAUGCAGCUGUGCCUGAAGCUAGUCAAGCACAGGUCUCGAUGGUUAACGUUGAGGCAGAGAGAGAGAAGGUCAAUGUGAACGCGAAUGCGGCCGACGCUGCUUCUGGCGGAACAGGAUUUCCUAGACUAGAAAGAAACUCUCUCGAUGCUGCAGCUAUCAGUUCAGCGUCCACAGACCGUCUAGGCAGUGCCAAUACUGAGAACUCUGCAAAUAGAAGAAGUAUUGUUGGUGGUGAGAAGGAGCGUGCUGAAGUAUUGGCCGCUGUCAAGAAGGGAAUCCUCAAGCGCUCCGGUACUGGUUCUGGUAAUUCGUCACCGGUAAUCCUUCCAGUAGAUGGAAGAGCAGCGAACUUCAACUUACCCCAAAUCCCCAAUGUCAACAACGAUUCACCGAAUUCGUCUGCCCCCAGUACACCAAAUGAUGACCAAGUGCAUAAACAAGAGGUCACUUUAGGAGGAGAGGAUUACUUCAUGUCUGCGCUCAGAUUCAGGGGAGGAGAUUCAAAGAGUGUUCCUGGAACACCUUCAGGUACCAUUAAAAGAAACGCUACUUUCAGUCCUCGGAUACAAUUUCACGACACUUGGCCAAGUCAAGAGUACGACCGCAGGGGUGAAAUUGCAACCUGCAAUCGACUCACUCCAAUGCUCGCCCAACAAAUUAAGGAAGAGCUUAAUACUUUCAAAAUGGAAAUGGAGGUUCAUGAGAAUUCUAAGAUCUAUACACACUUCUUCUAAUGAAACCACGAUUAUUCUAUUUGUUUAAAAACAAGUUACGAGACUUACAAAGCUCUUCUGCUACUGCAGGCAACUGUGUAGUUACGCAUACACUCAAGACUUUUAGGGCGUUAAAGCGGUCUUUCGCAUUAUUGGUGUACAGGAGUUCAUUCACAUCUGAGCGAUUUGAUCGAAAACAAUAUUAUUUCAUAGACUGGUGUUGGCCAUCUCUUUUCGAGCAUAAAUGUUGAAGAAGAUGAGGGAGGAUAUAUUAGGGGUACUAAGGGGGGCGACGGUAGAAGUUUGGGAAAUGAAAGAUGUUGUGCUGUGAAGCUUUCCGAAGAUGUGAAAGAAAGAGAAGAGUUUCAAUUGUCCAAUAGGCUGGUAAUUUGUUUCUCCUAGCUAUCAAGGAUGACAGUACAAACUCGUACUCCAAAAGUUUCGAUCUCGGUUGGUUUCUGUGGGUUUGUUUGAUCUCUAGGGUUUUUGAGAUCUGCACUUCGGGCAAUGUCAUGGUCUAAUUUUCGUUUUCUUCAUUGGUCGGUCAGGGUCUAUUUUAUAUUCGUCGUCACCUCAUCGUCGUACUUCAGCGUCUGUUAUUAUGUUUGAGAAUGGGGGAAAGAUAGGGGAGAAAUGGGGAAGGCAUAUUCUACGUAAUCAAAUGAUACAAUACAAGCAAUCGUUGCCAGUUCA